CGGUGGUGUUCGGAACGGCGCUUUAAGGCUGAGAAGUUGCGGUUGUUUUUCCGUGAAACGUGCAGAAACAAGUAACAUCAUGGCAGCAGAAGGAGAGCCAACAGACUUGAUCAAAGUGCUGCACCUUCUGACACUCUCCUUUGCCUGGGGCAUGCAAGUCUGGGUGUCCUUCAUUGGAGGUUUUGUUCUGGUGCGACAGGUAACACGGCACACCUUUGGACUGGUCCAGAGUAAGCUGUUUCCUGUGUACUUCUACUGCCUGCUGGGAAGUAACCUUGUCAGCCUGGCUGUGUAUGCUGUGUACCACCCAAGAGAGUUACUGGACUGGCAUGAGAGUGUGCAGAUGGCGAUGUUCUUUGUGGCGCUGAUCAUGGUGGGGUUGAAUGGACAGUGGUUCGGCCCAGCAGCGACAGAGGUGAUGUUCCAGAUGAGGGAGGUGGAAGAGGAGCACGGCCUGGGGAACCAGGUGGGCCUGAGCAGCCAGAAAGAGGCCUACGCUAAGCUCAGAGAGCAGGAUCCAAAGUACAAAGCCUUCAGGAGCACGUUUGGGCGGUACCAUGCGCUGUCCAGCAUCUGCAACCUGAUAGGGUUCAUCUGCACCACAACCAACCUGAUUUACACGGCUCUGAAUUUAUCCACCAUUUAA